CUUACGACUAUUUGAACAUACCGCUCCGAACAUGACCUUCUAGGUGCCGCUCAUAUUCUGUUUUAUAAUGUCGAAGCAGUCCUCGUCACAAAGCAGCAGCCGCAAACGUGCGCGGCCUUCCGUUCUGGUCGAGGAUAACACCCCAAGUGAUCCAGCGGUCUUCUCAAGCGAUCCUGCCGAACCAGGCGCGGAAAAUUAUUUUGCACCAAGGAGAAAGAAGCAAUACAAGGGUACGUGGUGGCAAAAUGGUGAAAAGCAAAGGCAGAGGAAGGCUUUUCAGAGGAAUCUUGACAGCGGCAUCUUUAUGGGCAGCGAUAGCUCGUUGGAAAGCAUAGACUCUGAGGAUGUUGAAGAUCCCAAGAGCAAUAACUUUAUCCCGGAUGAGCCAUUUGAAGGCAUGGGAACGUGGCGAAGGCCAGCAGCGAACUCUCUUUGUCGACCAGUGCAUAUCUCAGAGCCUGCCGUUGUGAUUGAAGCAAGACAGAGGAUUGCCUCGUUCGCUGAAAACGGGGAAAAUGUUUUUGCGAAGGAUGACGCUUUAAGAGAUAGCAUUGAUCUUGCUAACCUGGGAUUACCUUACUUAACAGACGAUAUGUUAAUACCAAUGCAGCAGAUGGUUCGACAACCACUAUGGAAAGGAAAUUAUGAUUGCGGGCGUCCGAGUCGUCAAGAAUAUGGCAACGAGGAAGAUGAGUCUUUGAGUAUCUAUUCGCUAGACAGCGAGAAAGAUCUGGCCGAGUUCGACGAGACGUUUGAUUUGAUGCUAGACAAUAACGCCCUGUCGGACCUACCGCCGAGGCUCUUCACACUUUCUGGACUCAGGCGACUAAGACUGCUCAACAACAAUCUGACAGCUCUUUCACCGAACGUGUCCCGUUUGAAAAACCUGCAACAAUUGGACGUAGCGGGAAAUCGCUUACGUUGGCUACCAGGCGAGAUUUUAGAUCGAAUUCACUUAUCUGAAUCGGGCAGGCCUGCGCUGCUUGUUGAUGCAAGGCAAAACCCUUUGCUCCAGCCAUUCUCGUAUGUUGGUUUUCGGCGUCUGGUCAACGAUAUCGAUGGAUCUCAGUCGCAGGAUUGUUCAGUCAUACCACAAAGCAUUGCAGAACUGAAGAACCGUAUCCAUCGUUUGCAACAACUGAGGCCAAGCGCUCGUUUGACCGAUGAUGUUUGGAAUGUCCAAUUUGAACAAAGGUCUUGGCUGCUAAGACUAUACGAACACUGUCUCCAACGGCCAGAAUUGAUUUGGAGCCAUACUCGAAGCGUGGAUGACCUUUUGGAGGAAGAACGGCAAGAGAUUGCUAGAAGGUGGGGUUCGAAAUUGCAAGAAUCCUCGACCACAGCUAAUGCGACCUCUCUUGCUUUCGACCAGAUGCGUUUGGAAACGAUUCCGGUCAUGAGUCGUGAGACCAUCUUCAUGGCAGCGACGCCGGUCUACUACCUUGACAUUUCGGGGUCACCCCUCGAUCGUAAGGUAAUCCUGCCGACUGAAUUACCAAAUGAUCAGAUGGUAAUGUCUGCCCGGCUACUGGAACCGAUGGCCUCUUUCUGCGUGGCGUCAGGGGAAAGGGCUAGUUGCCAUUCAUCUGAUCUAGCCAAAAAUCCACUGUCGCGAAUAUUUAAGCAGUCUCGUGUCCAUUCCCUGUUCUCAUUGUCCCUGUCAUCCGCUGCUUCAGUCCCUGAUCUCAACCACCUUCCAGCUCUACUUCCAGAGGACGCCCCGGAUUCCGUUCGACAUGGCCUUCAACAUGCGAUCCUCUCUCGUAAAGAAGGGGGUCGAACAUGCCCCGAAUGUCGACGAGCAUAUAUAGUACCGAGGGCCGUGUGGCUUGAGUACCAUGUUCUCUAUCAUACCUUUGUUCAGCACGAGUCAAUCGAGUUCACAUUGCAAGAUCUAUUUGUGCCGUUCGUUCGGACUGUCUGCAGUUGGGGCUGUGCUCCAAACUUCAAAUUUGCAGACGAUCAAUUAAUGAGAAAUACUUCUCAACAUGAGUAGUACAUUGAGGUGGAGAGGACAAUUGAAAGUGGCGAUCCUUUUCCUGGGAUUUUUAAGGCAUUGAAAAUCGUAAACCAUGCUUUAUUACAACAGCGUUAUCUCAAGGAAAAGGGAUUAUCCCUUUGUCCGUCCCGGCUCGCUUCCAGCCGCUUAUCCGGUAAAACGGAGGUCUAACUGCCAUUUACGCGCACCUACACGCUCAACUCGGCGGCGUCAGUGCCAAUCUUAUCCUUGUACUUCUCCAGCGCGGGCUCGACCUCUGUCUUCAAGAACUUGGUCACUUGCUGUGGUGCCCUGCCGAUAAAUGUUUUCGCGUCAAGCAGCUCAUCCAAACGACCCACCACGGGCUCGAAAAACUUCGUACGUUUUAUCCUGUCAAUCAAAUCAUUGGCACGACCAUGUUGCUUCACUUCCGCGGCGGCCUCGUGGGAGAGUACGCGAAUUUCCUCAUGAGCAUCCUGGCGUGAUAGGCCAGCGGCUACACAGGCCAUGAUAAUGUUCUCGGUAGCCAUGAAUGGAAGCUCUUCAUUGAUGUGCUUCUGGAUAAUGGCGGGGUAGACAACAAGACCAGAGAAGAUAUUGUUCAUUCUAGAGAUGGUGGUUAGCAAACUCCCCGUUUAGGUCUGAUCUUCUUUUAUGAGCCAUGCUCUGCACUCACAAUAUCAGGCAUGCAUCAGCGCAUAGGAAGGAUUGAGGAAUUGACAAGCGACGGUUGGCGCUGUCGUCCAGUGUUCGCUCUACCCGAAAGUAUCAGCAAGCUCUCUACAGUAACUAAGAGGACUUACCAAACCACUGUGCGCGGUAUGUGUCAUUUGCGUUUUUGGGCUCAUUUUGCAAGUAUCUUCCCAAUGAACACAGUCUCUCACUUCGCAUUGGAUUUCGCUUGUAUGCCAUGGCGCUGCUACCAAUCUGGUCCUUUUCAAAUGGUUCCUCGAGUUCCUUCCCAUGUGCGAGCAGCCUGAUAUCGACUCCUAUCCGUUCCGAAGUUGCACCAAGACCGCCUAGAGCUCCGAGCACGUCUAGGUCGACCUUUCGGGGAUAGGUUUGCGACGAAAUGAUGUAUGCCGACUUGAAGCCUGCCUUCUCCGUAACAAGCUCGUCCAACCUCUCCACCUUUUCGUGAUCGCCGUCGAAGAUUUGCAGGAAGGAUGCUUGAGUACCUG